AUGUGGUUAGAAAAUAAUGAAGUAGACAUUCCUAAAGACUAUGCUAAACUAAAAUAAUAAAAUAUUAAGUUAAGAAAUGAAUUGAAGCAGAUCAAUGAAUUUUUAUCCAAAUAAAUAGAGAAAAAAUAAGAUCAAUAAAAUAGUCAUCGACAAUAAUAUAAUAUUAAUACAGAAUUAAGAGAAGGUGAAUUAUAGUUUUAUCUUAGACACUCUUAAAGCAGAAUUACAGAAUGCUUAAAAAUAAAUCAAGAUUCAAUUGAAAUAAAUAUAAAUUCUUUAAAAUAGACAGGAAAUGCUUUCCUUAGAUAAGUAUGGAUAAAUAAUUAUCAUUAGUAUUGUUUAAUUGCAAUCAUAAGUUAAGAAAUUAAUGGACAAAAUAAAAGAACUUGAAUAAGAAAAAAAGACUUUGGUUAGCAUAAAUGGAAAAUAAGAGAAAAAGUUAGUUGAACUUUCUCAAGAUGAUUUUAUCAAAAACAGAAUUGAAUAAUUGGAACAGGAAAAUAUAGUUUUAAAAUAAAAAGUAAUUGCACAGAGUAAAACUGAAAGGUCUUAAUCUGUGUAAAUCACAAAAAUUGAACCUAUUAUAAAACCCAUUUAAUUAACCUAAAAAUAAUAAGAACUAAUGAAAGAGAAGGAUGUUUUUAUUGUAUAAUUUCCUAGAUAUUUUUCAUAGUCACAAUUACAAACAAAAUUAUAGGAAUAGGAAAAACAUAUUAAGAUUUUGAAUAAUCUAAAAACUUAAUAUGACAAACAAAUUAAUGGUAUGACUCAUAGAAUUAAGUAACUUGAAACACAAUUAAUGAUAUUAACGUAAUAGUUAUCAGAAAAAGUAAUUGAAAUUUUUUAUUCAUAGAAUUCUGAAUUAAACAGAAAAAAUCAUUUACUUCCAAAUUUAAGUGUCAGAAAUCAAAGGUAUCACUAAUAAAAAGUUAACUUGAGUGUUGAUAAUUGUUCACCUGAUUAAUCUAAAAACCAUCUUUAAUUAAAUUAUUAACAAUAUACAUAGGCAGCCAAUCAAUUAUCGCUGAAAAGUCAAUAAUCCUAAAAACUAUCUUCAUAAACAUAGAGAAGUUAAAAAGUAGUAAAUACCGAAUCAACUAACCAAGAUUUAAAAAUUAUAAGAAUUGAAAAGGUAGGGCAGCUAAAUUAAUCAGAAUUUUAUUUUGAUAUUCCUUAAUAUUGUAGAUUGCAUAAUCUAAAAUUAUGGUGGAAAAAUGAUUACUUAUUAGGGUUAUAAGCAUAGUAUCACAACGCUAAUUAGAUUGUGAAUGGUUAAAUAUUCUGUUUGAGCAAUUUAGAAGAAUUAAAUCCAUAACUAGUUGAAUUAAACUAAUCAGACUGGAUUAAUUAGAUGGGAUUUGGUUUUGAAAAAGAUAAAAUAAGUAUCGCAUAACUUUAAGUAAAUAGAAUUUGUUAAGAUUAUUUCUAAUUAAAGUUGUGUUCUGAAAUUUGGGACUGAGAUGGAGAAAAUAGAAGAAAUUCGACUCAUGAAAAAUGAAAUUAUUGGAACGAUUGAAGUCUCCUUUAAUGAAUGUAUAGCAUCUCAACCAUAUUUAGUUUUUAUAGCAAGUAUAGGCUUUAAGAUAUUUGAUGAGAAAUUAUUUGAUAAAGUAUGA